AUGUCAGGUGAAGGAACUUCCGACGAAGAAGGCUCCCAGGAGGAUUCCGCGAGGUACGACAUCGACGACAUGGAAAUUAUCAAGACUAUUGAACGUACGGCCAUUAUUUACAACAGAUGCUUUUGUUUACAGGAACUGGCACGUUUGGACGCGUGGUUUUAUGCAGACAUCAAGGAAUACCCUUGGCGCUUAAAGUCCUCUCUAUGGUUGACGUCAUUAGACUUAAACAGGUGGAACAUGUUAGAAAUGAAAUAUCUGUCCUCAAGGAGGUCAAACAUCCCUUCAUUGUUAAUAUAGUACCUAGCACCCGAAAUAAUUCAGAGCAAAGGCCACAAUAAAGCGGUAGACUGGUGGGCAUUGGGAGUCCUAAUCUACGAAAUGUUGGCGGGAUACCCUCCGUUUUUCGACGACAACCCCUUCGGAAUCUACGAGAAGAUCCUCAGCGGCAGAAUAGAGUGGCCCAAGCACGUAGACCCGAUCGCGAAGGACCUGAUCAAGAAGCUGCUGAUUGCCGACCGAACAAAGAGGCUGGGAAACAUGCGUCAGGGAGCCGAGGACGUUAAGAGGCACCGGUGGUUCAAGCUCAUCGACUGGCAGCUCGUACCCCAGAGAGCCCUCACACCGCCAAUAAGACCGAGAGUAAAGGCUCCAGAGGACGCAAGCUGCUUCGACGACUACCCGGAAACCGACUGGAGGUCCCAGCCUCCUUUGCCGCCUGACCAGUUGGCUCUUUUUCAAGACUUCUGA